GAUACAUAUAUUAUAUGUAAGUAGUGAAAGGGUGUCUCUGCAACACAGAAGAGAGGAGAGGAGACUGUGUGUGUGUGUGUGUGUGUGUGCAGCAGCCUGCCCCUGCCACCUGUGCAUGCUCCAUCUUCUUUAUCUGCAUUUACUCUCUCUAGAUCUGCGUUGUUCGAUUCCUCUCCUCUUCUUGUCGUCUUACACUGCCAGAUUCAUUCAAUUCAAUCUCCUAUUUCUCAUCCGCAUUGGAGUAAUUAAAUCGGAUUUGGGGGUUUUUGGUGAAAUUGGAGGGAAAAUUGAAGAAAAAUAAGAAUGAAAGCGGCUCACAAUAGCCCUGAGAAAUUCAUCUGGGAGCCGAUGAGGGUUUCCACCGGAGGCGCCGCGUCGCAGCCCAAAAUCCUGCCUAAAAUGAUGGUCUGGCUCAUUCUCUUCGUCUCCGCCACCUACGUCGUCUACACGUUGAAGCUCGUUUCCUCCUCCCACGGCGCCGGAGGCACCGCCGCCCUCCCCUGCGCCGACGACGCCGACAUCUUCCACAAAACCCUCCAUCUCUCCAAUGCCUCGAUUCCUCCGCCGAAAACGGGGCUGGAGCACAUCGUGUUCGGCAUUGCGGCGUCGGCGAAGCUCUGGGAGCAGCGGAAGGAGUAUAUCAAGCUGUGGUGGCGGCCGGAGAGGGGAAUGCGGGGGAUCGUGUGGCUGGACAGCCCGGUGAAGACGCACCGGAACGAGAGCGGGCGGCUGCCGGAGCUGAAAAUAUCCGGCGACACCUCGCGAUUCGCGUAUAAAAACAAGCAGGGGCACCGCUCCGCAAUCCGGAUUUCGAGGAUCGUAUCGGAGACGGUGAGGCUGGGGGUGGCGGAGAAUGUGAGGUGGUUCGUGAUGGGCGAUGACGACACCGUUUUCGUGAGGGACAAUCUGGUGAGGAUCCUCAACAAGUACGACCACAAUCAGUACUACUACAUCGGGAGCCUGAGCGAGAGCCAUUUGCAGAACAUUUACUUCUCCUACGGCAUGGCCUACGGCGGCGGCGGAUUCGCGAUUAGCUACCCUUUAGCGGUUGCUCUCGAGAAGAUGCAGGAUCGGUGCAUUCAGCGCUACCCCGGAUUGUACGGCUCCGAUGAUAGAAUGCAGGCGUGUAUGGCUGAACUCGGAGUGCCACUCACCAAGGAACUCGGUUUUCACCAGUAUGAUGUUUAUGGCAAUCUGUUUGGGCUUCUUUCUGCGCACCCGGUGACGCCGUUGGUGUCUUUGCACCACCUAGACGUAGUGGAACCGAUAUUCCCAAAUGCUACUCGGUUGGAAGCUUUAAAGCGGCUGAAAAUCCCAAUGCAGCUCGACUCAGCUGGCCUUAUGCAGCAAUCCAUUUGCUACGAGAAGAAGAAGGGAUGGACUGUAUCUGUGUCUUGGGGCUUUGCCAUUCAGGUAUUCCGUGGGGUGCUGUCGCCUAGAGAAAUAGAGAUGCCGUCUAGGACUUUCUUGAAUUGGUACAGACGAGCUGAUUACACGGCCUAUGCAUUCAACACACGCCCGGUUAUGAGGAACCCGUGCCAGAAGCCAUUUGUGUUCUAUUUCUCAAAGGCUAGAACAGAGUCGAGCACUAACCAAACACUGACCCAGUACACACGGCACCAUGUUCCUCACCCGCAAUGCAGAUGGAAGAUGACCAGCCCGGGCGAAGUUGAGACUGUUGAAGUUUACAAGAAACCCGAUCCACAUUUGUGGGACAGGUCUCCGAGGAGAAACUGUUGCAGGGUGCUGAGCUCGAAGGAGAAGAGGUUGGUGAUCGACGUGGGCGUUUGCGAGGAAGGAGAAGUUAGUGAAGUAUAACAAUGGAUGGCUAGGUAUCAUCGUCAUGUAUCUUAACAUUUGCUCUCUCAAAUUUCUUGAUUUAUUCGAUUCAGCCUUCAAUUUCUUGGAUUUAGAGAAGAAGAGAAGAAAAGGUAAAAAAGAUUGAUGUAGUAGCACUUCCUAGUGUUGUUAAAGUGUAUGUUCUAGUGAGCUGUACUGAACUAGUUGAGUAAAUAUCAGCCCAAAUUUUUGAUCUCUUUAA